CUAAUUCAUCAUCAUCAGUUGUGUUCCUCUUCUUUUCUUCCCCUCAAGAAAUAGAAAUUAAUGGGAGAAGAAAACAACAUUACUAUUACUAAGGAACAGAGGAUGGUGGUGGCUGUCGACGAGAGUGAAGAAAGCAUGCAUGCUCUCUCUUGGUGUCUCACUAACCUCCUUUCCUCCUCCUCCUCCUCUGGCGCCACCACCACCACCCUCUACCUCCUCUACGUCAAACCCCCUCUCCCCGUCUAUUCCUCCCUCCAUCCCGCCGGUUACUUAUUCACGGGGGAUAUAGUGAGAAAAAUUGAGAACUACGGCAGAGAAUUAACCCAUUCUGUUAUGAGCAGAGCAGAGUCUGUUUACAGAAGCUACAACAUUAAUAAUAUUAAAGUGGAGAAGAAAGUGGGAACAGGGGAUGCCAAAGACGUGAUCUGCUUUGCCGUGGAGAAAUUGAAAGCGGAUGUCUUGGUUAUGGGAAGCCAUGAUUAUGGAUUCUUCAAGAGAGCUUUGCUUGGAAGUGUGAGUGAUUAUUGUGCUAAACAUGUAAAGUGCCCGCUGGUGGUUGUAAAAAGUCCAAAGAACUAAUAAAAUGAAUAUGAAUAUGAAUAUGAAGAAGAAGAUGAAGAAGAAUUUGUAGAGAGCUAUAAAUAAAAUGGGAUUCCGACUUGUUGUCUUCUUGUUUUCAUGAUUGAUCAGUUGUGUCCAAUGUUGUGGGGGCUGCUUAAUAAAUAUAAUUGAAGCACUUUUAUUGUGUAA